AUGGACCUCGCAAACGCGCUGCUGGAGCUUCCUGCGCCGCUCUGGGCCUGGGUCCGAGCGACUCCAGUCUAUAUCCUCCUUGGCCUCUUUCUUGCGCUGGUCCUGUACCCCUUGCUUCGCCUCUUGGGAGUCGCAACUAACCUUAUUGCGAAGCUCUUUGUGCUCCUGCACCUCGUGGCCCCGAAGCCUCGCCCGGUUCUUCCCUCGGAAAAGACAUACAUCACCAGCAGCCCUUCCGGCAAGACAACGCCGCGUCCUCUUCCCUGCUGGUACGAUCGAUGGCUCGCAGAACGCCGCCUCAGCGAGCAGCGUGUUCGCCCUGAGCAGGCCUUCCCUACACCCGAUGUCGGCUCUAUCGAGCCCGCCGAGCUGCUCCUCAGCGUCGUCUUCCCCGCGUACAACGAACAAGACCGUGUCAUCCCCACGCUUGAAGAAGCCGUCGAGUACCUGGACAAGCACUUUGGACGCAGCACCGGCGCCAAGAACCCUGAUGUGCCGGUGAAGAAGCGGCAUGCGCCAAACGUUGCUGAUCCAAAGGAAAAAGGUCUCAGCGGCUACGAAAUCAUCGUUGUCGACGACGGAAGCCGCGAUAAGACGGUUGAUGUGGUGCUGGACUUUGCGCAGAAGAAUGGCCUCCAUGACGUCCUGAGGGUUGUGUCUCUGGCCAAGAACCGGGGCAAGGGCGGUAGCGUCACUCACGGCCUUCGCCAUGUGCGCGGCGAGUAUGCCUUGUUUGCCGAUGCCGACGGGGCGUCGCGCUUCAGCGAUGUGGCCAAGCUGAUUGAGGGUGUCGAGGAGGUUGUCGAUGGUUCCCGUCGGGGAGUUGCCAUUGGCAGCCGUGCCCAUCUCGUCGGUAGCGAGGCAGUUGUCAAGCGCUCUGCCCUCCGGAACUUUCUCAUGCGGUCAUUCCAUCUCGUCCUCACCAUCCUCACGCCUCCGGCCACCUCCCGGAUCCGCGACACCCAAUGCGGCUUCAAGCUCUUCACUCGCGCCUCUCUGCCACACAUCGUUCCUUACAUGCAUACCGAAGGCUGGAUCUUUGACAUCGAGAUGCUGAUGCUCGCCGAGUCCGCACCUGCCACCCCCGUCUUGGGCAGCGACGGCACUGUUAUUGGCACUAGUCCUGGCAUCAAGGUCGCCGAGGUGCCCAUCCAGUGGCACGAGGUGGGUGGCAGCAAGCUGAAUGUGAUUCAGGAUAGCAUCAAGAUGGCCAUUGGAUUGGCCGUUUUGAGGGCCAGUUGGAUGAUGGGCGUGUAUAGGAGGCGCCUCACCUAA